AUGAGUUUUAGAGGAGGUAACAGAGGUGGCCGUGGCGGUUUCCGUGGCGGCUUUCGUGGUGGACGUGCUGGUGGUGCUAGACCAUUUCAACAAGGUCCACCAGACAGUGUUCUAGAAAUGGGUGCUUUCGUACAUCCAUGUGAGGGUGAUAUUGUUUGUCGUUCCAUCAACACCAAGGUUCCAUAUUUCAAUGCCCCAAUAUAUUUGGAAAACAAGACUCAAGUCGGUAAAAUCGAUGAAAUAUUGGGUCCAUUAAAUGAAGUUUUUUUCACUAUCAAGUGUGGUGAUGGUGUCCAGGCUACCAGCUUCAAAGAAGGUGACAAAUUCUACAUUGCUGCUGAUAAACUAUUACCUAUUGAAAGAUUUUUACCAAAGCCAAAGGUAGCAGGCCCACCAAAGCCAAAAAACAAGAAAAAGAGAGGUGGUGCCCCAGGUGGCCGUGGUGGUGCCCCAAUGGGCCGUGGUGGCGCUAGAGGUGGUUUCAGAGGUGGUGAUAGAGGUGGUUUCAGAGGUGGUUUCAGAGGUGGAGCUCGUGGCGGUAGUUCAUUCAGAGGCGGAUCUCGCGGUGGUAGCUCAUUCAGAGGCGGUUCCCGUGGUGGUUCCCGUGGCGGUUUCAGAGGUGAUCGUGGAGGCAGAAGAUGA